UUUAAUAAAACAUAAACCGUCACAAUUGUUUUGUGACACUUGCACUUUGACACCAUCCAGCUCAACCAUUUCGCCAAACCUUCGGCUGGUCAAAACCGCUCAAAAUGCAGAGGCGCCCCACACAGUUUGACCCCUUUGACCGCCGCAACCUUAAAAGCGGCAGCAUGGACCCUUGCACGGAAAUUCUCCGCUCGAUCGCCCUCUUCAUAAUAAUAUCAAAAAUGCUGGCGUACACAGCCAUGAUGCUCCUGAUCCUGCUAACAGACGACACAAUCCACAGCGUUCUCAUGUCCGACAAAACCACCAUCUCCCACCUGGGCCGCAUCUACGACGCGUUCAAGCUGCUAUUCUGGGUGAUGCUGCUGCUGUCGAGCGUCGUCUGCGCCUUUGGCAUGUUUGGAUUCGCUCGCCUUAACCGCUACUGCCUAUCUUUCUACGGAAUGGCCCUGGUGCUGAUGUGCGCCUGGUUGGUUUAUUUCUCAAUCGUUAUCUCGUUCCGAAGUGACCAGGAUCGCCAAGUUUUGGCAAUUUACAAGUCGUACAAGACGAGCAAUAACGCGAGAAGAGUCGUGGACAUAAUCCAGAAAAAAGGGCGUUGUUGCGGUAACAAGGAGUACAACUUCGCCGGCGAGUUUCCCUUGCCCCCGAGUUGCUGCCCCAAUCUGACAGCGGGCCAAAUCUGCCAACGCGAAAAAGCCUACAAGGUUUUGUGUCCCGUGAAUCAAACAACCGUCUACACUAAUUUAAGGGACACCGAGAUGCUCACACCCGUGACUUCCAUCGCCUUCACCGCCUUCGUGCUAACGUUUUUUGAAGCCCUCCUAGUUUUCUACAUGAUUCGGCGGUUGGACACCACCAGAACAACUCACAUUAUACAGAUCUAGUAAAUUACAAAACUUCCAAAAAUUCCUGUUCUUGUUCCCGAGUAGGCACUUAAAAUGUCAAAAUGUGACGUUUUGAAGAAGCUCCUGCUCGUCUUCAACUUUACGUUUUUUUUGUUAGCUCUCAUCAUUUUCGUUUUCUCCUUCGUUGUUCUGAUCAAAUACAAUGCAAUCGACGGACGCGUGAAGAGUUACAGCAUUUUUGGGCUGGUCGACGGUUCCUUAAUUUUUUUCCUGGCACUUGUUGGCUUCUGCGGAAUCGUCAGACAGAACAUUUGCAAGCUCCAGACGCGCAACCCUGAUCGCAAUAAUCCACACAGUGCUGGCAACAGUCAACUUCGCGAUCGCUUCCGACCUCAACGACAAGAAGACCAAGCAAACCUUCGCCAAGAUAUUCAGCUCCUACGACCAGGAGUACAAGCACAAG